AUGGCAGAGACCCCGUCUCAGCUCCUACCUACUAUUAUUGAACCUUCUACCUCUGUUUUCCCAUUUAGUGGCCCCUAUGCUGCUCAGCAAGUCACUGCUUUAAAGUUUCACAAGGUGUUCACAGUAGAACUGCCUACAAAAUGCAAAUGCAAAUUAAUCGAUAUGUGGUUUUUAUGCUAUGAAGAUGACAUAAUAAGGACCUUCGCCCCUCACCCCACCUGA